UCAUUUUAUCACCUUGCCAAACCGGUAGCAGUCCUCCGAACCAAAUACUUUCGAACCUCCACCGUCCAGUAUUGCAGCGCGCUGCAAAGGGAGGUAGAAUUGAAAAAUCCGUCGGGACAUGGCAACACGUAAAUCCAUUAUAGUGUUUGUAGCACUACUGUCUUACGUGUGCAAUACGAACGCCAUUUUAUCUGAACAACUUGACUGUCCAGAAGAUUGUGAUUGUCAUUUUUUCAGAAUCAAUUGGGUAACAGAUUGUUCGGAAAGCAAUUUGACGUCGAUGCCAUAUGAUGGACUCGACAGCAAUGUAUAUAUACUUAAUAUGAAUGGAAAUCUCCUAAAAGAAAUAGAACCAUUCCCGGCCGACAUCAAACUUAGAACAUUACAGUUGUCUGAGAAUUUUUUAACAAAAAUCCAAAAAACAACAUUUGCCGGACUUCAUUAUCUGCUGGAUAUAGACUUAUCAUCUAACUUGAUAAAUUAUGUUGAUCCUGAAGCAUUUAUAGAUAGUGCUGGAUUAAUUACGUUGGAAUUACAAGGAAAUCCACUGGAACAAGUUGAAGGGCCAUUCUUGUAUUCCAAGUCGUUGCUGUACCUUUACCUGGGAAAUUGUCAUUUAACAAAACUAUCACCUCAGUUUUUCUCCAAUAUCAGUGGUGUAGGCAAACUCGAUCUCUCUGGAAACCCUCUUCAUAUUAUUGAACCAGGCAUAUUUGAUCCUCUUACCAGUUUGAAACAUUUAAUUCUGAAUAAUUGCAAUUUGACGCACAUAUCUAGUGUAGCAUUCAGUAGUCUUGGACACCUUACAGUUUUGGAAUUAGCUGGAAAUAGUCUCAAAAGUCAUGUUGACUGGUCUCUAAUAUUGGGUAAUUUAGGAAGAUUAGAACACCUUGAAUUAAGACAAUCAGGCGUCUCAAAUUUACCAGAAAACGUAUUUUUCAAUAAUACUUGGCUAAGAGGUUUAGUAUUAGCCGAAAACGAAUUAUCUGAUCUCGAUGUGGCUACUACUUUGGGUCACAAUUUAGUUCAUUUAGAUUUUCUUGACCUCAGCUAUUGCCAUUUAAAAGGACCUUUAUCUGAAGAUGCAUUCGCUAAUGCAACAAAAUUACGAACACUUAUAUUAUCUGGAAAUCAUUUAUCUGCUGCAGACUUAGCAGUAGCACUUUCACCUUUAUCAAAACUUGUGAAGUUAUCAUUAAGAGAUUGCGGAUUGACAAGAUUGCCCGCGAAUACUUUCCAUAAAUUCACUAGCUUACAAGAGUUGGAUAUUUCUAGGAAUCCGCUGAACAAUGCCUUUACGGCACUUUUAUCUCCCUUGGAAUCGUUAGAACAUUUAGAUAUGGGUUACAGUAAUUUACAAAGAAUAUCAAGAACAACUUUCUUAAAAAUGUCUGCUUUGAAAACGCUAAUUUUGUCUGGAAAUAAACUUAAAAGUCUUGAAUCAGGUUUAUUCCAAAAUCUGACGCGUUUAGAAGUAUUGGAAUUGAAUAACUGUGGACUUAGCCGUCUUAAUGAUACAGUGUUCUAUGAUAACUUUACUUACCCAGAUUUGGAAGAGUUAAGGCUUUCAGGAAAUCCUCUUCAAGUUCCAGAAGAAGGACCAAUAUUGCCACCUCAAUUAUCCGGCUUAAAGAAUUUGGACUUGAGUAAAUGUAAUUUGAGUUAUUUACCCGAUGAUGCUUUCAUAACAACUCCCAAUAUUAGUCAAUUGUUGUUGAACGACAAUAAGUUAAAGAAUGAUGAAGAAGGCUCCAUCAAGUUUUUAGAAUCUCUUAUUGGAUUGGAACAAUUGGACUUGAGUUUCAACAAUCUAACAUCGAUUAAACCUGAUAAAUUUAGUUAUAAUCAUCAACUAAUGUCAUUAAAACUUGUUGGCAACCCUUGGAAAUGCGAUUGCUAUGUUGUGGAUAUGUGGGAAUGGGCUGCAUCAUCUAAAGGAAAUAUAGGAGUGUUGGUCGGUUCAACAAAGUCAAUAGCUUCUAACCUUAACAACAAGAAAACUAAAGGUUUAGUGUGCAAUUUCGAUCCAAAAAGCACUCCUAUUAAAGAAGCAAAAUUGAGAAGACCAGGAAGAGAACUUACCACCGUCGUACAACGUACGUGGGCCAGAUAUGUGCGUGAGGCAAAUUGCCCUCACAGUCCUGUAGCUGCAAGACCAGCUAGAAUUGUUACUAGGGAAGUUCAUGGAUAUGAACCAAUGAUAUCAGAAAUUAAGAACGAAACACAAAUUAAAUGGUUACCUUUUGUAAGCUUCUUUGCCGUUUUAUUAUUAGUUUCAAUAGUUAUGAUGAGUAUUUUAAUGAAGCGCAAAGAAAAAACAAUAAAAAAGGAUAAAGAUAUAUCGUGCGAUUAUUCUCAAGAAACUGAUGAUGUAGUGCAAUUUAAAGAUACUAAAAAUGUAUCUCGCAGAACAAUAAAAUGACAAACUCAUAGAAAGAACUAGUUUCUUAUUUUAAGAUUCAAAUUUUAAACGAGUAUUUUUUUUUAUCAUUAUUUUCUUUUAUUUUUUUAGUACCCAAGCACGUUUUACUGUACCAAAAAAAAAAAAUGAAUAAGUUCUCAUAAUACUUCGAAUUUCGGAACUUUAUCAUUUUAUGUAUUAUUAUUUAUUAUCUAAUAUUUUUUAUUUUUGUGAUUCAGUUUUUAUUUUCCUAGCAGAAAAGUUCCUAAUGAUAAUAGGUUGUCAAUGGUGUUGGAUACAGUCAAUCAAAAGCAAUGUUUCUCACUUUUAUAUCUUCAUUUCUAAUGCAAGGUCAUUCAGUGCAGGGUAAUAAUAAACUUGCACAUUUUUAAAUGAACAAUAGACAACUAGUCGAGUUUCACUGUUUAUUUUAUUUUAAUUAUUAUUGGGAUUGACUGAUCAAAUGUGUAUUGUAUAAUAUUCUAGUUGAUAAGCUUUUAAUGUAUUAUUUAUGCACACUCUCUGUAAAGCAACAACCUCAGACCAUAUAGAUUAUAAUUCUAGCCAUCGAUUGUAUGGCGUAUAUUAUUGUAAUCACAUUGUAGAAAUAUUAUAAACCUAUAAUAUUUAUGAAAUAUAAUAAUUAUAAUAUAUAUUACCAUUUUACCUUAUAUAAUAGUGCUAAGAAUACUUAGAUGUACCUAGACAAAAUAUAUAUUCAUUAUUCUUGUUA